AGAUGACAAGCUCUAGCAGCUCCUCCUCUUCGAGCAGAAAGCGAACUGGAGAAGGCGAUCAAUACUUCGCGAGCUUCGACGUCUGCGGUGCGCCAGAAAUAAACAGGAAGGUGGUGACAUCGAGGAUCGAGAGCCGACUAGAGGACGCAGACAUAAUUUCCACUUCCACGACUUGCACUUGUGCGCGUGCGCCCAAGAAGGAGCCUACCACCGAUCAUGGUGCUCUCCCCCGAAGAGCGCGACUGGCAGGACCAGACCUGCGAGCGGUCGUUCGGCUGCCUUUCGGUGACCAACCCGCUCCGCCGGUCCUGCUGGUUGUGCGCGCAGAGCCCGAACUUCGAGCGGCUCGUGCUCUUUUUCAUCCUGGCGAAUGCGGUUUGCAUGGCACUCAUCGACUACCGCAACCCGGACUCCGAGCGCACGACCUUUAUCGAAAACUUGGAGACGGUAAGUAGAGCAUCAAAAUGGUGAAAGAUCCUUUACUGUUUUUUUUGAAGUAGCUCUCCCUACUGGUUGUAGUUUCUCCUCUUUACUUGAUGCAAACCAAUACAGUUCUUGUAUCCACAUGGACAAGAACGGACCGUUCCGCAACAAACCCAAAAGGUGUUCUUGAUUGUGUUCUCCCUGGAAAUGCUAGUGAAGAUGACGGCGUUCGGCAUUGCCACUGGGGAAACCGCGUAUCUCCGCGACCCGUGGUGCUGGCUCGACUUCGUGGUGGUCAUCACGGGCCUGAUAUCCUUCUCUCUCGAAGCCGCCGGGCAAACCGACAACCAAGAGUCCGCAGGGCUCAGCGUAUUGCGGGUCUUAAGGGUCUUGCGGCCCUUGCGGUCCGUUUCGCGACUGCCCGGUCUGCGGAAAAUCAUCCGCACUUUCUUCCUGUCCGUUUCCCGCCUCGUCAAUGUGGCUGCGAUGUUUCUGUUUCUCAUCGUGGUGUUCGGCAUACUCGGGAUAAACUUUCUGGGCGGGGUUCUCCACCGCUUCUGCCGCUUCACGCCCGAGCCGCUGAUCUUCUACGAUAGCACUGGCUUGGGGAAUGCAGGAACGGGGUUGCUGACUUGGCUGACUUCCGAGCCACACGCGAUCGACAUCGCGACGCAAGCAACCUUUCCGGCCGUGUUGCUGCAAACAAACCCUUUCACCAAUACAACGCAACUCACCGACGCUGCGAAAACCGCCAACCUCAUCGACCG